AUGAAUCCGGUUGAAAGACACCAAGACAUAUUUGAUAAGAAGACCCUUAGCCAAUUCGAGAUUGAAGAACGAGUCCAGGACUUGUUACCCAGCAAAUUAGUAAACGACUACAAGAAGAAUCGGCGUGUUCCUCAUAUCCCUGAAGAACAGCGUAUUAAGAAGACCCCUGCCCGAGAACAGAAGUGGACCGAACUAGCCACAAAACUAGCCGCAACCUUAACAGGAAAGAACAAACAAGAACAAGAAGAAACAAUGGCCCCCCAAACCGCCACUCUAACAGCCGAAGCAAUUGCUGCUGCCGUCGCCAAAGCAAUGAAAGCAAUCACGGUGCAGCAGGAGGCCCGUGCUGAACAAAUCAAGCAACCUGAUUGCUUCCAUGGAGAACGUUCUGCCACAGUAGUGGAUGGUUGGCUGCGCGCAGUCGAACGUUACACCAGAUACUACAAUUUUUCCACAACAAAAGCCUGUGAAUUUGCAGAAAUGUUCUUGCCGCCCGACCUGUCGACGUUGACAAUGCCUGCAACAUCGCUUUGGCAUAUGCCAGUGGCCUCCACUUGGGGCAACAGAACAACUACGCACCCGUCCCCCAACCGUACCAACAGACGUACCAACAGCAGUACAGUGGUCCCGAGCCCAUGGACCUGGAUGCGAUUCAAGGUCGCCGUAAUAACUACCGAUCUCGCCCCCCUCAGAAACGUAAUGUGGCUACUUGCCAUUGGUGCGGCGAAGUUGGUCACUUCAAGAGGAACUGUAGGGAUCGAUUAG